AACAAUUAACUGUUUAACCGGUAAAGAAUUAUUAGAAAGGACUAAUUUUUGAGUCUAUCCAUAUACAACAAAAGGCGCAUAAAUAUAAAUUUCGACCAUACAAGGGCUUUGUUAUAGUUCUUGCGCCACCGCUAUUAUUUUUUGCGUGCAUAUUAUACGUAUACACACCUACGGAAUCACAUUAUAAUUCGAUGGAGUAGCGUUGCAUUUGUCACAAUGAAUGCAAAUUACAUAGCACGUGCGCUAUGCUACCAUGGCCAGCCUAUGCAGAAAAUUUGGGAAGACGAACGCAGCGUCGAGGAUUUGCGCAAUAUGGGCCUUAUUCAGCCCAAUUAUAGUGUGUAUCAGGAACGCCAGAAGUUCUUCACGUUUCAGGAACGUGCUAAGCGCCUUAAAAUGCACCAAUUUUUGGCGCGCAAAGCAAUCGAUUUAUAUGAUAGACACCUUGUAGCUAAUGUUAUGGAGGAUUCUUUACUAGCCCAAGCUCAAGAUUAUGUUGUACCACUUGCACCAUUCGAAUACUUUCUGAACGUAAAGGACAAGGGCGAUGGCGGACGUUAUCGGAUGAGUGCUUUGAAGCCAGGUGAUAUUAUUUGCGCUGCGGUUCAAAAAAUUGUGGGUUCAGCUCGCAUUGUGGUCAAACCAUUAUGCACGGCAGAGCCUCUACAUUUCUACUUAGCAGAUAUUCCCAUCAAGGCAGCGUUGAUUGGAAGCACGCGCAAUUUCGCGCCUAACGAUUUCUUACGCUGCGAAAUUCUAGAAGUAUCUGCCGAUGCCGAGCGGCUAACUCUGGGUACAGCUCCUGGAAACCAGAGUAACGCAACAGACAUUAAAUUGGGUCUAUGCGAGCUAACUGACUUUCCCAAGUACUAUCGACAAAUCCACUCGUUAGGAUUGGGUCAUACCCCACACUACGAGGAGCAGCUCCUUGAAUCGUUGGAAUUUCAAAACCCUAACUAUGAUGUGCUAUUUCAAAUGAAUGGCAUCCAACCCAAUUCAAGUUUAACACUCAUAAGUUACCUGAAAGCGGGGUUUCCAGAACAGGAUUACGCAGCCGAAUUGCGGCAAAAACAGGCUUCACAGUGGGCUUUUCGCUCCGUGGCUGAUGGUAUUGAGCAUUUUAAAAACGGUCAGCAAGUCGAAGCGUUUCAAUGUUUAAAUAAGGCCUUGCAUAUAGAUCCACGUAAUGUGGAGGGUUUAGUAGCGCGCGGUGCGCUCUAUGCAAAUCGCGGCUCCUUCUUGAAGGCCAUUGAGGACUUCGAGAAGGCGCUCUGUUUAAAUAAGUACCAUGUGAAUGCGCGUAAAUAUAUGGGCGAAACAUUAGUUGCGCUUGGUCGCAGUUACGAAGAAGACAACCGGCUGCCAGAGGCGAUAAAGGCCUAUAACGAUUGUCUUCAUUUGCUGCCACAGCAUGAGCAGGCGCGCCAGUUGCUGGAUGCUCUUCAGCGACCGCAAGUAGCACAAAUGUCCCAGCUGUAUGGAGAUAUUCACACACACAUGCCUGUUGGAGGAAACAUGGGCAAAGCAGCGAUCGUUGCAGCUCAAACAGCACAUUCAUCGGAUGAUGAUAGCUCCUCCAGCGGUAGUGAGAGCGAGAGUGAUGACCAGAUUCCAACUGGCAAACCCCACCAUCAUGGGGCCGGAUUACAUUUUAACCAGCCCUUUUAUGCCAUGGAGCCUGCCGUCAGCGAUGCACAAAAGGCAAAUGAGUUCAAGCUGGACGAUGAUGAGACCAUGAGUAGCGUACGCAAACUAUUGCGCGAUGCCAACAAGCACAAAAAAGCAAAGAAGAAAGGCAAAAAGAAGCAAAGCAGGGGGCGCAGCAAGGAUAAAGGAAAUCCCAAAAGGGAACAACGAGAUAUGGAUACUGUGGAAAUGUUGAAGAAAAUUGAUUUUAAUGAGGCCUAUAGACUUAUGACCAGUGCUCGCAACGAGGCGCAACUUAAGGCUAAUUUGCAGAAGUACAUUGAACAAAGUCAACAUUUUAGCUUAAAGCCGUCAGAAUCUUCACCGCCCCCGCCACCAUCAAUCAAUAUGAUGUCUAAUGCAUAUGAUCAUAUGGGACCUAGCACCUCCCAAUAUGCAGCAUCUGUAGCUGCAAGCAGCAGUCAUGAGGAGCGGCCACCACCCGCACCCAAAUCGAACGAGAGCCAAAAACUUUCUUUUCAAAUCAAAAAAAUUGACAAAUUCGGCAUGGUCCGUUUGGCAACGCCUCUCAAUAGACAGCAAAGUUCAUCACACUCUCGUUCACGUUCGCGCUCAGGCACAAACUCGCCACAUAAAAGGCGCAACGAAAGACGUCAGCCUAGCUCACAUCGUAGUGGACCUCUGCGUUCUCACAGUCCUUCGCCCAGAUUUCGGAGCCGUCGAUUCAGAAGCAAUUCCCGGAGUCGCACUCGGUCACCGGCUAGAAAACGAUAUGUUCCUGGACGAUAUGCACAGUUACGCGGUGGAAAUCGCUACAAUAACUUUCUCCGAGACCGAUCACGUUCACGCUCUUUUGGCCGACGUCGUCCAUCACCAUUUCACUCGCGCCGACGCACCCCCUCGCCAUUUCAGCCGCGUCGUCGCACUCCAUCACCAUUUCAGCCACGUCGACGCACUCCAUCACCAUUUCAGCCACACCGUCAUUCCGGAUCCACAAGUCCAAAACGGGAACGUAAUAAUCAACGAGGACGUGGGCGCGGUCGCUACACUUGGGUCCGCACAGCCGAUGCUCGCACCAAUGUGGAUAAGCACGCCGACAGCAAUGGCCAACGAAGGAAGAGUAAGAGCAACGAUUGUGCUGGAAAAAAACCACCAAAUGCAGCCGAAAAAGGUAAUGAUCCCACUAUUGAGGAAAUCGACGAGAUGAUCAAAGAGGCGCGGAAGGAACGCAAACAGGGAAUUAUCGAGAGUGAUAAGAAUAUUCUAAAGAAAGUGCAGUCAACGAACGAAAAGUGAUAGCUAAGUUGACAACUUUAGCAAUGUAGGUGGGACUGGACCUGCAGAAAUGUUGGCAGCAGCUUUAAGUUUCUUAGUCUAUGCACGAUAAUGGUAUUUAAUAUGAUUGUAAUAAGUUCUCUUUUUCGGCGUUUACGCCUAUUAUUAAGAAAACCACACCAAUAAAGCUUUCGAAGCCCUUUGCAUGAUUCGCAUGAUAAAGUA